GCUGCUUUCACACGAUGCGUUUGCAGUUCGUUUAUGUGGUUCUGUGAAGGAUGCCUUCUCCUUGUUUCAGAGUAGCUGUGCAUGGACAUUCGGGUUAUUUUGAGUCUUUUCUGCUGUCCCCACUAGCCCUGUGCCAAUGUCACUUGAUACUUUUGCUGGUCUUUGGGAUGGACUUCUAGGAAGAGUGUUACUGGGUCCUAUGGGAAGACCCAUCUCCCCCCGAAACCACCAUAACAUUUGGUCCCCGUCAUUUUGUGACAGAGUUUAGUGCCCGAGCACAGAGCCCUCCCUUCAUGCCUUUGUUGGCACAAAUCCUGGUCUUGUUCUCACUGGCCGUGACCCCUAGUUAAAGCUCCGAACCAGCUCUGGACACACAGGCUGCCUCCUGCAGUUGGGAGUGUGUCUUCUGGGCUCUUCCGGCCAAUGAUCAUUUUGCGGUAAUAAUACCAGCCUGGCUUCAUUCUCAGUGCCCGGUGUGUUUCAUCUGAUCUCCUCACCGUCCUGUACGGCAGCAUCUAGCACCCCCUUUUACAGCUGAGGAAGCCAGGGGAUGGGGGGUUGGGGAAGAGUUAGCAUCUGGCCCAAACUCACACAGCUCCGCAGGUGAGGGAGGUGGUGGGGCUUGCAUGGAGACACCACAUCUGUGUGUGCAACGUGCCCACACGUGUGCUGUGCGCACGUGUGCAUGUAGUUGUGUCCAUAGGCCUCCCUACGUUUCUCGGUAACAGGACGCAAACGUCCACACUGCUGGCUGUUGGCACCCAGUGGGAUGACCUCCUCAAAGCAGAAUCACUAGCGCUUGUUGGAUUCCUAUGUUUAAGUCUCUGGAUUGGUGGCCCCUGACCCUGCCUCUGCCCCCUGCACUCUGGGAACUCGGGGCUGGAUUCGGCUGGGCCUCCAAGAAGGGCCGUGGGCCAGGGGAGAAGGACCGCCUCGGAAGGCUGCUCACCCCCCCACCCCCCGGCCCUGGGAGCCGCCCCGCCCUCGGCCACUGUGAGGGCGCACAUCACAAUGGCUGUUCCGCCCAAGCCAGGCGUGGCAGGGGGUGCCAGGGGGGCCCACACUCUUGGUCCGAGGACAACCAGGCAUCAUGGGGACUCGAGACAAGCGCUCGGCCGCUCAGAACCCGGAACCCGAUGCUGCCCGGAUACCUUUGCUAGAACACAGGACGCCUGGAGCACCAAAAUGGAACGCUCCCCAAGAGCCGCCGCCGCCGCCCCGACCGCCACCACCGCCCCGGCCGCCCCCCCCUCCGCCUCCAGGGACUCACGUUCUUCCCCCGAUGUACGUGCAAGGCGCCCAGGGGAUUCAGCCAGCAGUGUUCACCAGCUUGCCUAGGCUGGGGACUGCCACUCCCAUACGGUCCAUCUGUCAGUACUGCGGGAACUACAUCAUCACGGUGACCACCCCGGUCCCAGGGGUCCUCACCUGGAUGUUGUGUACCGGCCUCUUCAUCUUCGGGUGCUUCCUGGGCUGCUGCUUCCUCCCCUUCUGUGUGGACAGCUUGAUGGACGUGAAGCACACGUGUCCCGUGUGCCGGCAGGAGCUCUUCCGCUACCAUCGCCUGUGAACACGCACAAAAUAAAUGUCCACUGCGUGCC